GUUUUGUAUAGAAAUGGAAGCACACAAAAUUGAUAUUGAAAAGCUAAUUAGCGAAGUAGAGAACCGACCGCCACUUUGGGAUAUGAGGAAAAAGGAAUACAGCGAUAGGGUUAUGAGAAGAAAAUGUUGGGAGGAACUUGUAAAUUUGUUUUCAAAAGAAAACAGCACAAUUGACGAAAAGAAGCAGUUAGGCAAUGAAUUGCAUAAGAGGUGGAAAAAUAUCCGAGACAACUUUUCAAGAGAUAUUCUUCAAAGGAAAGGAAACUCAGGGGCUGGAGCUUAUCGGAAAGCUCCUUACGUUUAUACACAGAGGUUACAAUUUCUCACAGAUGUAAUACUGCCCAGACAAACCACCAGUUCAUUAGAUAAUGAAUAUUCAUCCGAAUUAGAUACAAAUAACCCUGCAACGCCUACUUUAAUCUAUAAAGAAAAGUAUAAUUCUAAAAUUGGCAAAAAAAGGACACACCCGGUCGAAGAAGAAAAUUUCUUACUUAAUAUUUAA